CUGCGACCGAAGAAAAAUAAAGAGGAGCAGCAGUCCCAUUUCAAAAUCGAAAAGAAGGGGACCGGAAAGCCGUUCCGGUCGAGCAGGAAGGUUGGUGGCGUACUGCUGCUGCUCCCACUUCUUACCUAAAUCUAUCUUCGCUUUCGCCCAAGUGGGCAUUGUCUUGGAUUCUGGAUUCUGAAUCGGAGGAGGUAUGGGGUUUGUGGAUUCAUCGGCGUCACUGCUCGCCACCUGCGGAGGCGACACCGUGAAGCUCUUCGACGUCACGGUGGACGCCGGCGAUCCGUGCACCCUCAGCUACGCCCCCUCCCCUGGGUCGCUAGUGAACUCCGUCAAGUGGAACCACACUAACUUGGUGGUUGCUAGUGCUGGUGAUGACAAGAAGAUUACCCUGUGGAAUAAAAAUGGUCAAAGUAUGGGAUCUAUUCCUCCUUCUGGCAAUGAUCUUGCUGAUGACAUUGAGGAAUCCAUAAACUCUAUUAGUUUUAGCAAUAAAAGUUCUAGAUAUAUUUGUUCUGGUGGUAGUGGUCAUAUUGUUAAAAUAUGGGAUCUACAGAGGAAGAGAUGCAUUAAAUGGUUGAGUGGUCAUACUGACACAAUUACAGGUGUUAUGUAUAACUGCAAAGAUGAGCAUUUAGCAUCCAUCAGUUUGAAGGGGGAUCUCAUCCUUCACAAUCUUGCUUCUGGAGCACGGGCUGCUGAACUCAAGGAUCCAAAUGGGCAGGUUCUACGAGUGCUGGAUUAUUCUCGUUGUAGUCGGCAUGUUUUGUCAACAGCAGGGGAUGAUGGAUCUGUUCAUCUCUGGGAUACAACUGGUCGGAGUCCAAAGGUUUCAUGGCCAAAACAACAUUCUGCACCAACAACUGGUAUUUGCUUCUUGCCAUCUAGCGACAAGAUAAUCGCCACAGUUGGUCUAGAUAAAAAGUUAUAUAUGUUUGACUCUGGGACAAAGAGGCCCACAUCUUGCAUGCCCUUUGAGGCACCAUUCUCAGCGGUGGCAUUCAAUGAUGAUGGUAAUAUAUUGGCUGCUGGGACGAACAAUGGACGUGUAGUAUUCUAUGAUGUUCGGGGGAAGCCUCAACCUUUCACAGUUCUUCGUGCAUACAAUAGCUCCGAGGCUGUCAUAAAUUUGUGUUGGCAAAGGUCAAAGCCUGUCAUUGUGAAUGAAAAGAAUUGUACUGUUGAAAUUGCUCUCCUAGGAGGAACUAGUGAAGAUUCUGUGCUUAUGCCGGAUCCCUUGCCUUCUGUUGCUGUGUCCAAGUUUUCAUCCAUAACAGUGAUGCCUAGUCUCCGCUCAACUUCAACAAGUGUCAGUGGAUCAACUUCAACCACAUCAAACCUAUCAACGGCAGAAGAAACUCCUUACAGGAGUCGUCUAUGGACAGGUGGAACUCUGUCAAAGCUACAGGCACCUCGGUCUUAUGACUUAAAAGAUGAUAUGGAUGUUUUUUCUCCACUUGUGGAUGUUCAGCCAAUUACACCGUCUCUUGGGAGUUGGUGGGAUGACCACGAUGAAGUUAAAAAAGAUAAAGAAGCCAUUGAUAAGAAGUCUGCACUAUUUUCUUCCUCUACAAGGAGAUUUCCAUUUCCUGAAGGAAACACUGAUUCUCAUCCAAUCUCAGAUUGGAGAUCUACAGCAACCUCAAGACAGGAUGACAAUUCAGUUCCAUCACUGGUCGGAACAAAUGCCACAAAUUCAAAGAGUGAAUUAUCCCUUCCUCCACCGCCUGGGAUUGUGUUGCCAGAAAAAUCAACCAACCACCGCCAACCAAAUUCAUUAUCUCGUUUCUUGCCUUCUGCGUCAUUGGGCUCUGGACCCGUAUCUGCAGGCAUGCUGGAUCCAUCUUCAACUGUGACUCUGUCAAAGAACUCUUCAAUGAAUUCAACAAUAGCUUCCUUGAACCUGCAAAACAAAGUUAUCCUCAAUGAUCCUAAUUCUUCUCCAUUCUUGGAAUCUUCAUCUGUUUACCAUCCAACUUCCAUUUUCAUGUCCUCUGGGACUAAGACGUCAUCAAGUAAUCUUGACUUGCAAGGAACAGUGUUGUCAGCUAUUCCACGGAGAAUCUUGCCAUCUUCUGAUAGAAUUAGCACCAACUCUGCCUUCAUUGAAGGUGUGACGUCAGCAAUCAGUUCACCCAAAUCAAAGAAAACAGGACAAGAAACUCGAGAAGAGUUGAUGAGUAGCCUGUUAUCAAGGCAAGAUGCAUCCACAGUCUCAUCAGGGAGUCUGCCAGCAUCCAAUGUGAUGCUGCCUCAACCUUUGUGGUCGUCAGGUCAGCCAGCAGAUCAGCAACUAGGAACUUCUUCAUUUUCGCUUCAGCUAGUCCAACGCACCCUUGAAGAGACUUUGGAAUCUGUACAGAAAUCCAUCCAUGAAGAUGUGAGAAAUCUUCAUAUCGAGCUGCUUAGACAGUUCCAUAUGCAGGAGAUGGAAAUGUCUGGGCUGCUAAAGUCAAUUCUAGAGAAGCAAGAUGAGUUGAUGAAAGAAGUGCAGUCAUUGCGCAGGGAGAACCAGCAGCUUCGCCAGUUACUUUAAGUCCUUGAGGAAUUUUAGCAUAACUACGGUAUUUUGGUCUUUCAUCUUUCAGGUAUCAUCUAAAUGUUCUCUUCCUGCAAUUGACCCAUAAAUACAAAAUAAAAUAUGUAACCUUCAGUUUGACUCGAAGCAUUUGUAAGUUGGAUCAACACCUUCUGUUGUUUGUGAUGUGUGUAUAGACAAUCUCCCAUUUUUUUUUA